AUGAGUGAAAAGGAAUUCUAUACUGUCAAGUCAAACAAGACAGGUAUCUAUCGUUCUAGCUCAGCUCACUAUGGGCUUUCAAUCUUAAACUCUCAAAUCUUAAGCUACGAUAAAGACGGUAACCCACUUUCACCAGACGAUUCGUCCGAGCCAUUUGACCCUAAAACACUUGAGAGGGGUUUGAAGUCUAGACAUGUUCAACUCAUCGCAUUAGGAGGUUGCAUCGGUACCUCUCUUUUCGUUGGUACAGGUUUAACUUUAUCUACUUGCGGACCUGCUGCUUUGUUUAUUUCGUAUGUUAUCAUGUGUACGAUAAUGUAUUUUGUCAUGAAUAUACUUAGUGAAAUGACAACUUUCUUACCUCUACCUGGUAAUGGUCCACAAGCAUUUGUGGGGAAUUACCUUGAUCCAUCGCUUGGAUUUGCUACAGGGUGGAAUUAUUGGUAUAAUUUUGCAAUUUUGGUCGCGGCAGAAGUAACUGCAGCAGCCAUAGUGGUUGAUUAUUGGAAAGUUAAAGUCAAUAUCGGUGUAUGGAUUACAAUAUUUUUAGCUAUUAUUAUAUUUUUGAAUAUGACUUCUGUCAAAUAUUUUGGUGAGGCAGAAUUUUGGUUUGCUUGCUUGAAAUUUAUUGGACUCUCUGGUUUGAUUAUUGUUGGAGUUGUCAUCUUCUUUGGAGGUGCCCCCACUCAUGACAGACUUGGAUUCAGAUAUUGGAAACAUCCAGGCGCUUUUACUGAGCACUUGGUAAGUGGGAAUACUGGUAGAUUCUUGACGAUGUGGACUGCUCUAGUUAAAUCUGGAUAUGCUUUUAUAGGAGCUCCUGAAUUAGUUUCAGUUUGUGGUGCAGAGUCUGUUGCACCUCGUAGAAAUAUUCCCAAGGCAACUAAUAGAUUCAUCUAUAGAUUGGCAUUUUUCUAUGUCUGCGGUACAUUGAUUAUCGGUGUAAUUGUUCCUUACAACAAUGCUCGUUUAAUGAAAGGUGGUUCAGACGCUGGUGCAUCGCCUUUUGUAAUUGGUAUCCAACUUGCAGGCAUUAAUGUCUUGGACCAUAUUAUUAAUGCCAUUAUUUUGACUUCUGCUGCUUCCGCUGGUAAUUCUUUCUUAUAUUCCGCUUCCAGAAACUUGUACAGUUUGGCAUUAAAUGGACAAGCUCCAAAUAUUUUCACAAGAGUGAAUAGAAUGGGUGUACCAUAUUAUGCAGUGGGGGCAUCUUCACUUCUUGGGUUAUUGGCUUAUUUGAACGUUUCUUCUGCUUCUUCCAAUGUUUUCACUUGGCUCUCAAAUAUUUGUACCAUUUCAGGAUUCUUAACCUGGUUAACCGUGGCAUUUGCCUAUUUAAGAUGGAGAAAGGCUAUUGAAUAUCAUGGACUUGGCGAUCGAGUUACACACAAAACUAUUUUACAACCAUAUGGUACUUAUUAUGUGAUUGGUUUCAUCUCCAUAUUAACUUUAACAAAUGGUUAUGCUGUCUUCUUUGACUUCAAUGCUUCUGAUUUUAUUGCAGCCUAUAUCACACUCCCUGUAUCAGUAGUGCUUUACUUUGGGCAUAGAAUUUACAAUUACUAUGUCAAUGGUGUUAAGGAAUGGAUAAUCCCAAUUGAGAAAAUUGACUUGUUCACUGGUUUGGACUUAAUUGAAGAUGAGGCUGCAAAUGACAUCGAAAGAAAGCCAGAAGGUAUCAUCCAAAAAAUUUGGUACUGGGUAGCUUAG